CAUACUAAAACAUGCAGAAGAACCUAGAAUAGUGAUUCCAAAGGCAAUAAGGGAGCAGUUACUAUCAGAAUUGCACAAAGCACACGUUGGUAUGGAGAGGAUGAAGAAACUUGCACAGAGGUUCGUAUGGUGGCUAGGUAUCGACAGAGAUAUAGAGAGUCUGGCCCGAAAUUGUGAAAAUUGUGCUGUGCAUGCUGAUAGACCACCAGAAGUACCCUUACAUCCAUGGGAGUUUCCUGAGUGCCCUUGGCAAGAAUUCACAUUGAUUUUGCCAGACCAUUUUGCAAACAAUGUGGUUUGUUGUGGUCGUUGCGUUCUCAAAAUGGCCCGAGGUAAUACAGCUACACGAGGGAGCGACUUCAGCGAGCCAAACCAUUACUCAACUUCGUCGCAUCUUCGCAAGGUUUGGUAUUCCAAAGCAAAUCGUGUCAGAUAAUGGGCCCCAAUUCGUGUCGUCAGAAUUCAGGACUUUCUGUAAGAAACAGGGUAUUCGUCAUACCUUAGUACCUCCCUACCGUCCCCAAAGCAACGGGCAAGUGGAAUGUUUUGUUAAGACGUUGAAAGGGGCAAUCAAGAAAGGCAUGGAGAGCGGAAAGGCAAGUUUGGAAGAGGUAGUGACAGAUUUUUUGUCAGUCUACAGAAAUACCAGCCAUAGCACUACAAAUGUUUCUCCAGCAAGGCUCCUGAUGAAUAGGGAUCUGCGAUGUCAACUGGAUUUACUAAAGCCGCCACAAGAGUCCUCAGUGUUGACCAAGACUUUGAAGGAAACGGUGAAAAAGGCUCAAGCAAAACAAAAGAGAUGUCACGACCAAACAGCUAGUGAGAGAAAUGCAAUUAGACCAUAUGAUAUAGUGUUGGUACGUCACGCAAAGAUGCCAAAGUGGAGAAACGCGAGAGUAGUACAAGUUUUGGGGGAGAGGUAUUAUACAGUACAGUAUACAGACACGGGAGUAAGACAAAAGGUUCACAUGGAUCACUUGAGACUGCACCCACAGUCAAAUCAACUACCAACCCAGCAGCUAGUACAAGAUGAACCAGAUCUAGAGCCUAGAGACGUCGCAGGUAGCAAUAGAGACAACAAACGAGAGGAUCAAUUUAGCAGUGACACAGAGCCUGAGUCCUUAGACGAUGGUACUGAAGACGAGUUGAGUGCGCCUGAAGUUGCCACAGGAGUAGAGCAGCCAAGAAGGAGUCAGCGUACUACAAAGGCGAUACCACCUACAAGAUAUGGAGAGUGGACAGUUUAGAGAGGCUAUAGAACUGAUAUAAUCAUAGUGCUGUAAAUUUUGUGUUUUGCGUAGAAAGGAGGGAGAUGAUGUGGCAUCCGGGGUUUCAUAGGCGAGGCAGCUCAGUCAUUUGGUCAUUUGGAUAGCCGGCUAACGGAUACAUGUUUUCUUUGUUGUGUCUCUUGUGUUCAAUUACAUUUAUUCUUACCAAUCUUUGAGUCCUAUGCUACAGUUUCAGCCACACAGACAGUGACAGUGCGUCACGUUCGGUUACCCCGAAUGGGUUCCCCUACCACAAAAUCUUCAUCUGACAAAACUUCCAUCUCUAAGCAAUGAGUAGUCUGUCUUUCCACUCCACGUGUAUCUGUUCAGAAUGUGAAUCAGGCGACUUCAGCUUGAACUGCAGUCUCUUACCCUCGAGAAGCCGUACUCAAGAAAUGGCUUCGUAC